UCUCGCUCUUUAAAAAUGGGGCCUGAAAAUGUUCCUUCCCACGACAACCUUCUUCUCUGCCUUCUCUCUCUCUCUCUCUAAACCUUUUCUCUCUGUAAUGCAAUUACAGAUUACAGAGACGUCGAAGGAUCUCCUUGUAGAACUCGCCGGAAAGUGUCGCUUCCUGUUCUCUUCCGGUGGCCGCCUGUCAUAACUCCUUGUCGAUCGGCGGUGAAAUGGUGAAUAGAAGCGACUGUGAGGCUUGGGAGUUCGAACAGUAGGAGAUUUGUACAGAGGAUUCGAGAUAUAUAUAUAUAACUGGAGACGGAUUCGAGUGGUAGAGAGUCAUGUUGGAUCUUAAUCUCAGUAUUGUGCAAAAUGAAGACUCCGUGGUGAUUGCGGAUAAUUUUGGUGAAGGUUCGGGGGCUCAAAUGGACGAGUCAGGAACUUCGAAUUCGUCAAUAGCGAACGCCGACGCUUUGAGCAAUGCCGGCGACGACGACUCGAGCUCGACGCGUUCUGGAGGUGACAUAUUCGCCUACAAUUUUGAUAUAUUAAAGGUCGGACGGGAGCACAACUGUAACACUUCCGAGCAAGAUACUGAGAAUCGGAGGGCUCGGACCGAGUUAUUGACUCGGCAACUGUUCCCCGUGUGUGUUAAUGGUGGAUUGACUGUCGGCCAGAACUCGGCCUCCUCGUCGGCUUCGCUAUUUCAGCCUAAUUUGGUAGAUCUCACGUUCAGUCCAUCCAGUCCUGAUGGCUUACAAGAUGUGAGAAUCCUACAACAGGAACCGCAACAGCAGCAGAAGGUAAAGAAGAGUAGACGAGGACCAAGGUCCCGGAGCUCACAGUACAGAGGAGUCACCUUCUAUAGAAGAACUGGAAGAUGGGAGUCGCAUAUCUGGGACUGCGGGAAACAAGUAUAUCUGGGUGGAUUUGACUCUGCUGAUGCUGCCGCUAGAGCUUAUGAUCGAGCUGCAAUUAAGUUCCGUGGUGUCGAAGCUGACAUAAAUUUCAGUCUCAGCGACUACGAAGAGGAUAUGAAACAGACGAAGAAUCUGAGCAAAGAAGAAUUUGUACACAUACUCCGUCGCCAGAGCACUGGUUUCUCUAGAGGGAGCUCAAAGUACAGAGGGGUGACUCUGCACAAAUGUGGCAGGUGGGAAGCUCGAAUGGGGCAAUUCCUUGGCAAAAAGUAUAUAUAUCUUGGGCUAUUCGACAGUGAAAUAGAAGCUGCAAGGGCUUACGAUAUGGCAGCCAUCAAAUUCAAUGGAAGGGAAGCGGUCACCAACUUUGAGCCAAGUACAUAUGAAGGGGAGAUGCAGUUGUGUACCAAUGAUGGAGGAAGUGACCACAGUCUUGAUCUGAACUUGGGCAUUCCAUCCCCUUAUUCUGGAAAUGGUCCAAAGGAUGAUGAGAGUUUGGGGGAUUUGCAGCUUCAACCUUGCAGCGCUGAUGGCACAAGAUCUAAUAAGUCUACUACAAAUACGGUGAGGAGUCCAACCCCCAGAGGACUAGCCGUGACAUCAGAACUCCCUCUUUUACAUAGCGGUGGAUAUCCUCUCUUCUUCCCCUCUUACGAGGAAAGAGCGACGGAGAAAAGAAUCGAAGGGGGUUCACUAGGAUCAUCAAACUGGGCAUGGCAAAUGCACGGUCAGAUAAGCGCUACCCCGACUAUGUUCUCCACUGCAGCAUCAUCAGGAUUCUCAUCUGCGGCUAGAACUGCUCCCUCACCUUCCAGUCAUCUGUCAAAAUCACCCAAUCUAGCACCCCUCGGUCUCUGCUUCUCUCCAUCUGUGGUAGCCAGCAGCAACCCUCAACAGUUCUACCAAAUGAGGCCACCACCAUAAUUGGUCUCUUUUCUUUGCAUCAAGGCAGGCAACGUACUUCGCAUCUUAAUUCUUUUAUAAUGUCUCAAAUAUCAAUCAGAGAUAUACUCUCUCACCUUGGUGCGUCCUUGGUAAAAACCAUUUGCAUAGCUAGGAAGCAGAAAUUUGACCAAAUGAUAAUUCCUUUGUCCAUAGGGUGUCAUGUCAUGAAUGGUUUAUUUUGAGCUCUUUUCCCUUCUGCAGCCUUGUUUCCGUCGUCCAUUUUUCCAGAGUGGCUUUGUCCCUCAAGGAAAUGAUUUUCUUCGCGAAUCCUUGAACAGAUGUUGUGACUUGUGACCAAAUGGAGGGACAAUAUUGUCUUUUUACUUCAAAGUUAUUUAAAAAGAUGAAAGAUUCUGUGAC